CAAGAUUCGCGGACGGCCCAUACCUAAGAGAUGGAUCGUCAAUUAGAAUCGUCAUAACCGUGCGCAAAUGAAAAAUGCGUUCACACGGAGCCUCUGGCGCGUUCACACCAAAGCUGGUCCACUGUGGCGACAAGUCAUCACCUCUCUCUAGAUCCUUCUACCUGCGCCGGCGUCUGCUCUCCUGUACCUAGAUCUUUCCGUCUCCGUCGCCCCCAUAGCAAAGACACCUCGAGAAAAUAAAGUAUGGCGAGCACAAGCAGUGGCAGAAGCUCAACCCGAUCCAGCGCUUGUGGAGGACGCGGCGGCGAUGCGGAUCGAGGAACUUCUUGGUCGGGAGGGGCCCCUGGAGUAUGAACCAGCCGUGUACUGCAAGUGCAAGAAGAAAGCGCCGAGAUGGAUUUCCAGGAGCAUUAUGAACCCUGGGAGGAGGUACUAUGCCUGCAUCAACCGCCGGGCGGGCGGAUGCGAUUUCUGGCAGUGGCAUGAUGAAGACAGCACUACCCCAUUUGUGAAGCAAUUGCUGAUAGAUUUGAGGGACAAGGUUUGGGCUUUGGCUAAAGAGAACGCAGAACUGAGAGAUUCUUUUGCUGACGCGAGAUCAGGAACGGAACAACAGCUUGUUGGGACACUGCAGUGGACUGCCUUGACGACAGCUCUAGCAGAUAAGGAGUCCGAAGUCUUUUCAUUAACUGGCAAACUGAAGAAAUUAGAAACCCAAAGGCAAUUACUAGUGGUAGCAAUAAUUGGCUGUAUGUGUAUUGUUGUUGGCAUGCUGUUUACUUAGUACGCCCAGUAGCAGAUCGAGCUUGGCUUAGUAUGACGAGCAGAAAAAAAAAAUAUGAGCAUGGACUUUAGUAGCUGGAACAUGUAGCAGAUGCAGGGGUCGCUUUAGUGCUGGUGAGUAGCCAAGUAUAUGCCUAGAAAAUUUAGGGAUGUUAUGACAAUGAACAUGGUAUGCGUAUGUUCCAAUUUGUUUAAGUUGUUGUCGGCAACGAUGCCCUGUAUUAUAACACUGAGCCUUCGUUAUAGCAAUUCGAGUGGGCAGAACACAUUGGCUUUGAAACAAUGUUGUUGGUGCGAAAUUCAGUAAAAUGUAGUAUUCGUAACAACUUGCAGCAUUGUUGGUGCGAAAUAACACGUAGCUCUUGUUUU